AUGAUUGUCAUUACUUGCACCAUCCUAGUACUUCAGCUGAGCCAAAAUAUACUUAUAAAUUCAUUCAACAAACCCGAGAGACUUAAAGAAACAGACGAUAUUAUCGCCCUCAUACCAAACCAAACGACUUUUCAGCGACUCAAAAAACCUCUUCUUGGAGACCCAGACUUUACUUCAUCUCUCCCACAAUUACAAUAUACAUUCAAGCCUGAGAAUUCAACCGAGAAAUCCAAACGUGAAAGUCGGAAACAGAGUGUAAAGAAAGCCUUUCUACACGCCUGGAAUGGUUACAAUAACCAUGCCUUGGGAUUUGACGAGAUUGCUCCUUUGUCUAAUAGAACAAAAAACACAUUUGGUGGUUGGGGCGCAACACUAGUGGAUAGUCUGAGCACUCUGCUCGUGAUGGAGCUCAACAAUGAAUUCACUGCUGCCUUGCCCGAGGUUGCAAAGAUAAAGAUGGUUGUGGACCAAAAUGUAAGCGUAUUUGAAACCACGAUUAGAUAUAUCGGUGGACUCUUGAGUGCCUACGAGCUUUCUGGAGAAAAGGCAUUGCUUGUUAAAGCAGAUCAGUUCGGGGAGAUGAUUCUUCCAGCAUUUGAUACACCGUUUGGUUUACCUUAUCACACCUGGAACAGUGCAAAACAAAAGGGCACAAAUAAUCACACACUCGUUGCAGAUGUUGGUACGGUACAAUUGGAACUUAUCACUCUGUCAUUCCAUACUCGAAAGCCUAUCUACGCAGAAAAGGCCCAAAAGAUCACAGAAUUCUUGGACAGCGUUGGCUAUGCUCACGGGCUAUUUAUUCCCGGGUUAUAUCCGAGUGGCAUCAAUCUCUACAAAGGAAGAUUUACGGAUGCUGUUUGUACUUUUGGUGCCAUGGGCGAUAGUGUAUUUGAGUACUUUUUGAAAGAGCAUGUGCUAUUGGAUGGAUCAGUGCGCCAAUAUAGCCGAAUGUAUAUAGAGGCCAUUGAUAAUAUGAAGAUCCACAUGCUGCAACAGCUUCCGGGCACUAGCCUUCUCUUCCUCCCUCCAUUUGACACUCGUAAGAAAACGUUCAAGAAAUCCAUGGAUCAUUUGACAUGUUUUGCACCUGGUAUGCUGGCCAUGGGUGCCACUUUACUUGACAGACCAGAAGAUAUGAUUAUUGCAAAAGGUCUUUUAGAGACAUGCGUUUAUAUGUAUCGCACAUCUUCUACUGGCCUGUGCCCCGAGACAUGGCUCUUUCCGGCAACUGAACCAUACAAUCCGCUGACAUACUCUCUCUCAGAUGAGGAGAUGGCUGGGUCACACGAGUGGUGGUACAAUACGCAGCUUCCUCCCCCACCUCUAAAAGAAAAAUUCCCUGCAAAGCAAACGGAUAUAUUUCCAGACAUUUUCAAAUUUAAUUCUUCUAGUAAAAAUACUAUAGAGGGUUUGAUGGCAACAGAUCGACGUUAUUUGCUUCGACCAGAAACCGUCGAAAGUCUUUAUAUUCUUUACCGAAUGACGGGAGAUACCAAAUAUCAGGAAUAUGGAUGGGAGAUUUUUGAGGCUAUUGAGAAAUGGUGCAAGACACCAAGUGCAUAUGCCUCUAUUAGAAAUGUAAACAUUUUAGAGAUUUACGAACAAAACAUUCAAGAUAAUCAAUUAGAUUCCAUGGAGAGUUUCUUAUUGGCAGAAACCUUCAAAUACCUAUAUCUCCUCUUUAGUCCCACGGAUCAUAUUUCCCUUGACAAAUUUGUCUUUAAUACAGAAGCGCAUCCCUUUAUGCGUAGAUCUUGGGCUUAG